UGUUACCUAGACUGUUAGGUGGAUUGGAUGUCUUGCAUUUGUAUUGGUAGAUUUGUGUACUGAAAGAUGUAUUUUGAUGGAGACAAAUGAGGGAUCAAGAUUUAUCGGCUCGUUACACUAGCCCUCUCGUUCUCAAUCUAAGAUGCAUAUUCGACACGAUGUGAACACUUUAUCGCUGAUAAGUCUGUUUUCGGUCUCUUGUGUCAACCAGUAGUUGUCACUGAUUAAACACCGAAAGAUGUAUUUUGUUGCAUCUAUGUUAGAUUUUUAUUUAAGGUGAUGGUGAUUAAUGAGGGAUCAAGAUUUAUCGGCUCGUUACACUCGCCCUUUCGUUUUCAAUCUAAGAUGCAUAUAUACGACAUGAUGCUAACGCUUUAUUGCCCGAGAAUGCCUAAUUCGAGCCUUUUUGUCUUCACAUUCCCUUAUGGAUUCAGUGGAACGCUCGCCGAGAAAGAGUAGAUUGGCCCGGGCCAUCGCCAAGGUCUUGCACGUUCGUGCAGUCACGGGAGUAGCUCCAGACGAUGGCGGUAUUCGGAAGGCAAAGUCUCGUGACAAGGCAGAGAAAGAUGGUUUCGAGGCUCAGACGUUUAGAGACAGAGACGAGGAGGAGCUUCGCCACGAUGGCCGGAUGGUCCAAGAAGCCUUUCUCUCAAAACUAUUUGCUUCAGUGUCUGCUGUUAAAGCUGCGUACGCGGAGAUGCAGUUCGCGCAAUCUCCUCCCGACGCGGAUGGAAUCCAAGCGGCCGACGAGAUGGUCAUAUCCGAGCUCAAGCGUCUGUCCGAGUUGAAGCAGGCUUACUUGAAGAAACAGCUGAACGAGGCGUCUCCAGGAACGACGUUGCUCUUAUCCGAGAUUCGAGAGCAGAGGAGUACGCUGAAAAUGUACGAGGUCACGGCCAAGAAGCUCGAUUCUCUGCUCAAACACCGAGACUCGGAGACCGCCUCUCUAAAAAAGAAGCUCUCAGAAGCUAAUAAGGCUAACAAGCUGCUCGAGACGAGGCUGAGCUCGAGCGGGCAAUUUUUCUCUCCCGAGACGAGGGUCGGAAACUUCGUAUCGUCCCACCGGGAGACGUUGAAAUCUAUCCGAGCCUUCGUGCGGCUUCUGAUCACAGAGAUGGUAUCUGCUGGCUGGGAUUUGGAUGCAGCGGCCGAGGUGAUCGAGCCAGACGCUCGUUUCCGUAACCCUAGCCAUAAGUGUUUUGCAUUCGAGUCCUUCGUGUGCGAAAAAAUGUUCGAUGGAUUCAACCGCCCUAAUUCUUCGUUCGCAGCAUUCUGUCGCGCGAAGUAUUUGAGGCUCGUGCACCCGAAGAUGGAAGCGUCUCUCUUCGGCAGCUUGGACCAAAGGGAUAGCGUGGAAUCCGGUGGGCUCCCGGAUACGCCCUUCUUCGCAGCAUUCAGCGAGAUGGCGAAGCGCGUGUGGCUAUUGCAUCGCCUGGCUCUAUCCUCCGAGCCGGAGAUCUCUGCCUUCCAAGUAAGGAAGGGGAGCCGGUUCUCGGAGGUGUACAUGGAGAGCUUGAGCGACGAUGCCAUGUUGCUUCCGGAGCCUCUCGUGGCGCUGAGCGUCGCGCCGGGGUUCAGGAUUGGCAAGAGUGUCGUUCAGUGCCAAGUUUAUCUGUGCUGAUCUUGUUCUUGGAUGAGGUCUUAGGCUUGGUUUUAGGUUAGUUUUUUUUUUUUUUUUUUGGUUUAAAGGAAUAUGUGUUUGUUAGAGCUUCCAAUUUUGCUAGUAGGAUGGUAAGUGUAUAUUGUAAUUGUAGUGUACUUGUAUGCAUUUUUAUGUGCCAUAUAAUAGGUACAUCUAUUUGAUGGGCUAAUCCGAAAUUAUACAAAAAUUAACAUCCGUAAAUAAUGUUAA